GGGCAGAGGGACCGGGGGCUGGAGGCUGGACCCGGCCGAGAGGAGCCGCCCGGCCCCGCCCCUUGGCGCCGCCAUUGGCCGCCACCGAGCUGGAGAACCCGCUGCUCCCUGCGUUCCGCCGCUCCUCUUCGGGAAGGUCCCGACUUGGCAGCUCCCGGCGACCCGGCGCAGCGCUCGGAGGCUGCCCGGCAGGUCGGGACUGGGCGAGCAGGGGCCAGGACCCCGCUCUCUCUCGGCCGCUCACCCUCGCACCGAGUCCCUCGCAGCUACGCCGGGCGCGCACUCACACUGCCUCUUGGCGCGCGGCUCCGGGGCGCGAUGGACGCAGCACUGCUCCACAGCCUGCUGGAAGCCAACUGCAGCCUGGCCCUGGCUGAAGAGCUGCUCUUGGACGGCUGGGGGCUGCCCCUGGACCCCGAGGGUCCCUACUCCUACUGCAACACGACUUUGGACCAGAUCGGGACGUGCUGGCCCCGGAGCGCGGCCGGAGCCCUCGUGGAGAGGCCGUGCCCAGAAUAUUUCAACGGCAUCAAGUACAACACGACCCGGAAUGCCUACCGAGAGUGCUUGGACAAUGGGACAUGGGCUUCACGGAUCAACUACUCACAGUGUGAGCCCAUUUUGGAUGAUAAGCAGAGGAAGUAUGACCUGCACUACCGUGUCGCCCUUGUCGUCAACUACCUGGGCCACUGCGUUUCCGUGGCAGCCCUCGUGGCUGCCUUCCUGCUUUUCCUGGCCCUGCGGAGCAUCCGUUGCCUGCGGAACGUGAUCCACUGGAACCUCAUCACCACCUUUAUCCUGAGAAAUGUCAUGUGGUUCCUGCUGCAGCUCAUCGACCACGAAGUGCACGAGAGCAACAAGGUCUGGUGCCGCUGCAUCACCACCAUCUUCAACUACUUCGUGGUGACCAACUUCUUCUGGAUGUUCGUGGAGGGCUGCUACCUGCACACGGCCAUCGUCAUGACCUACUCCACCGAGCGGCUGCGGAAGUGGCUCUUCCUCUUUAUUGGAUGGUGCAUCCCCUGCCCCAUCAUCAUCGCCUGGGCCGUUGGCAAACUCUACUAUGAGAACGAACAGUGCUGGUUUGGCAAGGAGCCCGGUGAUCUGGUGGAUUACAUCUAUCAGGGCCCCAUCAUCCUUGUGCUCCUGAUCAACUUUGUAUUUCUGUUCAACAUCGUCAGGAUCCUCAUGACAAAGUUACGAGCGUCCACCACCUCAGAGACCAUCCAGUACAGGAAGGCGGUGAAGGCCACGCUGGUUCUCCUGCCCCUUCUGGGCAUCACCUACAUGCUCUUCUUCGUCAACCCCGGGGAAGACGACCUGUCGCAGAUCGUGUUCAUCUAUUUCAACUCCUUCCUGCAGUCUUUCCAGGGUUUCUUUGUGUCUGUCUUCUACUGCUUCUUCAAUGGAGAGGUGCGCUCCGCCGUGAGGAAGAGGUGGCACCGCUGGCAGGACCAUCACUCCCUCCGAGUCCCCGUGGCCCGGGCCAUGUCCAUCCCCACGUCACCCACGCGGGUCAGCUUCCACAGCAUCAAGCAGACGGCCGCUGUAUGACCCCUCGGUCACCCAGCUCACCCAUCACUCCAUCGGGACACCUUCCCCAUCCUCCUCCGCUGCCUUGCUCUGGGUUCUCCCUGCCAUGCAGGCCCUGGUUGGGGCAGGAAGGAGGGGAGAGACCAGCUCCCCAGCCUGGUAGGAGAGAGGCUGUGCAGCAGCACAGUGGCUCCAGGGAACCAGGGCCAGCCAGGGGCCCAAGAGUCAGUGCAAGAGGAGCAGAGCGGAGAAGUCACAGGAACCCCGAGAAGAGCAGGUCAUGUCUUCAGGCAUUUGUGCAUACCAGCCUCUUGCACUAGAGCCUCACUAUAGUCCCAUUCACAGAUGAGGAAACUGAGGCCCAGAGCCAGGAAGGGCCGGCCCAAGUCACACAGCUAGUUCGUGGCGGACCUGGGGCUCCUCUGCUCCACUCAUGGUGCAGCCCUCUGGCAGCAGCAGUGUAAUAGUUGGCCCUGCUCCCUGCCCCCUGCCCCUGUGCUCAGUGGUGCCCUCUGCAGUUGGGCGUAGGUACAGCAGCUGGAGUAAAGCAUUAAUUCAGCUGGGUUCAUCCCAGGGACUCUCACCUAGAGAAGCCUCACUUACACCCCACCCCGACCCCACCAUCCCUGCACCCCCUCCCAGCUGUCCUGCUGCCCCUGGGGCCCCAUGAAGGAUGCUGUCUCUCUUCCUGGGAGACGGCUUCUCAGCUGAGGCCGCAGAUUCAGGGGCUUGGGGAGGGGCAGGUGAGGAGGAAGACAUGGCCAGGGCAGCCAUACACCCUUAGGCCAACCGGAUACGUGGGACAGGACGGAACAGGGAGAAGAAGCCUGGGGGACAGGUUGGGAGAAGGAGUGGGGUAGAAACAGCAGAAACCGAAGUAUGUCUUUGGUGAUUGGAACUAACCCCCCAGCCCCCACCGAGGCAGCUUCAGCCUCCCCUUCAGAUCCAACAUCUCUGCUCUCUGUGAAAUAAACCAUGCCUCUGUGCAAACGGCCUCCUCUCAGGUCAAGUGGACCAGGCAUCCGCAGGGGUGCUAUGGGGCAAGAAUGGUGGGCUGGGUCCAUCCUCGUUUGCAGAGACUCUGGCCCUGGCCAGGGGCUGGUUCUCCCUCUCUACCCUGUGUGCCUGCAGGUCUGUCCCUAAUUGUCUGCCCCAGCCACUCUCUGGCCCUCCUCCCCGACAAAGGCAGUUUAAUUCAGCAUGGAGGAGAAGUGCAGCUCACCCAGCACUCCACGAAGGCCAAGGUUCUGGAAACUGGAGGGCAGCGUAGACAAGACCCAGCCGUGAGCAACAACCACAGGGCGGUUUCCAUCUUGUCUUCCAUCCCUGCUUCUCUCCAGGAAAGGGUGGGUGUCGAGCGGCAGGAGGAGCCAUCCAGCCAGGGUUCGAAAACGGUUUACUCUAGCGACGCCACCACCCGCCCCCCCAAUUUUUUAAAUUCUGUAUCCCAUCUUGCAUGUUUUUAAGUUGACAUCUAAUAUUUUUUACAUAAGUUCUAAAACUUGCAAGAGAUGUAAUUUCUGGCAUUUGGUAAAUAUCUACAUUUUAAAAUAAAACUGUCACAACCAUUUACAUCAUA